ACGCAAUACUGUGCCGGUCGCUGCUCGAGUGGUAGGCGUACGUCUGUCGUCUCACUUGUACGCGAUCAGCUGAGCUAGGAAGAAAGUUAGAUUAGACAUGGCGCGAAUACCGGUAUCAGAAGUCCGUCGGUUUUGUAUAGAUUGUAUGACAGCUGUUGGUACUCCUCAAGCUCAAGCUGUCUCGCUAGCAGAGGUUCUUGUUGAAGCUGACCACAGAGGACAUUUCAGUCAUGGAAUUAACCGACUUGAGAUGUAUGUACGAGAUGUGCAGACAAAGACUACUGAUGGAUCUGCGGUACCCAAAGUCCUCCAGGAGUCCGCAGCUACAGCCUGGGUUGAUGGGAACAAUGCCUUGGGUCCUGUUGUGGGUAAUUUCUGCAUGGACAUUGCCAUCAAGAAGGCAAGAGAUUGUGGCGUAGGUUGGGUUGUCGCCAAAGGAUCAAAUCACUAUGGAAUUGCUGGUUGGUACAGUAUGAAAGCGUUGAAUCACAAUAUGUUAGGUAUGUCUUUUACCAACACAUCCCCUCUCAUGAGCCCUACCAGGAGUAAAGAGUCCGCACUUGGUACGAAUCCGUUAUCUCUGGCUGCUCCCGCUAAGGAUGGAGACAGUUUUGUUCUGGACAUGGCCACUACUGCAGUUGCUGUUGGAAAAAUUGAGGUACAAAGAAGGAAAAAUGAGCCAAUACCUGUGGGCUGGGCUCAAGGACCGGAUGGGAGACCUACAACUGAUGCAGACCUUGCCUUCAAAACCAGCGCUCUGAUGCCUUUAGGUGGGGAAGAGAGGACUUCGGGAUACAAAGGCUAUGGACUGGCACUGCUGGUCGAGACGUUUUGUGGAAUUUUAGCAGGCAGUGAUUUUGGGCCCAAUAUUCGGAAGUGGAUGGACGGCACGAGACCAGCUAACCUAGGGCAGUGCUUCGUAGCCAUCAAUCCUGCCUGUUUUGCUCCAGGCUUUGAGCAACGAAUGUCAGAUAUGAAUAAUAUCCUUCGACAUUUGGAACCUGCUGACCCUGAAAAACCAGUGCUCGUACCAGGAGACCCUGAACGCAAGAACAUUGAAAAAGUUAACAAUGAAGGUGGUGUUCUUUACCAUGAAAAUCAGCUUAAAGCUUCUGCGGAACUGGCAGCAAAACUGAAUGUUAAUCCUAUGAAAACAUUAUAACUUAUUAUUAAAUAUCUACAUUAAUCUACAAAAUGAUGGACCAAAUUAUAUCAUUGUUAUAUUAUUCUAGGUGGUUUCCUUCAACACUGUUAUGUGUUGAAAACUGUGAACCCUAAUCUGGUUUAAUAAAUUAACAGAAUUAUUGUUCAUCGUGUGUCAACUAAUAGAUAUUGUAGUGAAAGGGAUUACAUUAUUCAACGCAAUUAAUAAACAAAAGAAAUUAUUUAAAAUAACAUUGGGGAUUUUUCUGUCUUAUAACUACAAAAAUAAGUAUAAAUUGUCACAAAACUCAGUAUGGGUUUAUUAUUAUUAACUUCCCAAUUUAUAUGUUACAAAUCAGGUUUAAACCCAAUUUCUGAAACUUAAUCUAUUAUAUAUAAUUAUAUUUCAAUUGAUGCUAUUUCAAUAUUGUUUGUGAGGAUUUCAAUACAUACGCUUAUGUAUAGCUUAGAACAUUUAUAUUGAACCACUAAGAAUAUUUUUUUGCAUUUGUUAUAGAACCUUGAUCAAUUCUGUAAAAACUGCACAAAUGAUUUACUUUUAUAUAGUAUGAAAUUAAUAAAUUAUUAUUGGAAA